AGCGAACCAAUAAAAAGAGAGAAUGAGGCAAGGGCUGCGGCGUCGCCCACGUGAGCCAAUGAGAGGGCACCUUAGUGAGGGGGCCCCCGGAGCGCGUGUCUAGCCAGAGACGGGAAGGGACAGAGAAAGGGUCAGAGACUUAUUGAGAGGAGGGGGUGAUGGAGCCUGCGGACGCUGCGCCUGCAGCCCCGUCCCCCACCUCAGCCGUUCCUGCGGACAUGCCGGCGGCUAACGGGGACACGGGCGGGCCCCAGUGGGGUCCGGGCCUGGCCCUGGUGCCCGAGCGGCUCCAGAAGCGCGAACAAGAGCGGCUGCUGGAGGUGGAGCGGCGAAAGCAGGAACGGCAGAACCAGACCGUGGAGGAGGAGAAGAGCGACUUCUUCGCGGCCGCCUUCGGCCGCGAGCGGGAGGCAGUGGAGCGGCUGCUAGAGUGCGCGGAGCCCGCGCGGCUGAACGAGGCGGCCUCGCGGCUGCAGGCUCUCCAGAAGCUGCUCAACGACGCCGUGCUCUACCUGGCGCCUUACGACGUGCGGCUUGGCCAGGAGACGCUGGCGCGGCUGCAAGGGACCCUGGCGGAGCGGCGCCAGGAGCUGCAGCCCAAGAAGCGCUUCGCCUUCAAGUCCCGCCGGAAGGACGCGGGCAGCCCGAGCCCCGGUCCCGCGGCCGCCGCCCCGCCGCCGCCCCAGCAGCCGCCUUCCGAAUCUCUGCCGCCGGCCGCGGUCUCCGUCCCCUCCGGCGCUGGCUUCUCCAACCUAGAGUCGCAGAGCCUGGAGAUGCGGGCCGAGGAGCUGCACCAGCGCGACAUCCUCCUGACCGGACUGACGGACUGCACCAUCCGGCUGUACGGGAACCCCAACACGCUGCGGCUGACCAAGGCCCGCGGCUGCACGGUACUCUGCGGCCCCGUUUCCACCUCGGUGUUCCUGGACGACUGCGUCGGCUGCGUCCUGGCCGUGGCCUGUCAGCAGCUCCGCACGCACAGCACCCGCGACACCCGCAUCUUCCUGCAGGUGACCAGCCGCGCCAUCGUGGAGGACUGCAGCGGCGUCCGGUUUGCCCCGUACUCCUGGAGCUACCCGGGCAUCGACCAGGACUUCGAGGGGUCCGGGCUGGACAGAAGCAAGAACAACUGGAGGGAUGUGGACGACUUCAAUUGGUUGGCCCGAGGUGCGGCCUCCCCUAACUGGAGUAUUCUUCCAGAAUCGGAGCGGAUCGUGCAGUGGGAUUGAUAAUGUCGCGGGCGCCCCCAGUUAAAUGACUGUUUACAACUAAAUGACGCCACAAUGCACCUGUUCCUAACACUUGCACUUUAUUACACGUUUUCGGUGUCUUAAUAACGCCUAUCGCGAGGAUUCUCUGCUGUACAUUUCAUUGCAAAUAGCUCACGUUUAAACAGUGUAAUAGUACCUCUGGUGAUGAUGGGUGAUUUUAAGAAUAGAGCCAUCUGUUUUCUUCUAGCCUUUUAUUGAUGGCUAGAUGGUGAGAAUUGGCUACAUUGGGACGAAUAAAAAUGAAAAGGGUCACGAGUGUGCGUUCCUUUAAUUGUUUUUAAUACCCUAUGGAAUUUCACUGAUUGCUAGUUAGGAUGGAAAAGCGGUAGUUUUGAUGCCCUUUGGAAUACCAAGUACAGAAAAGCAAUGAGGUCACUUGAGUUGAUGGCUAUUGAAUUAUUUUGUAGGCCAGCUCAGUUUCCUGUUUCAGGGUUGCUUUACUGUGCUAUUUAAUGGGUGGGUGUGCCUAUGUGUCUUCAGCAUUUAUAUUUGUUUAGGGUUCUGGAAUAUGGUUGUAGAAUCCAGCUCUACCCCUGAGUUUGCAGUUUUCCUCCAGAGUUCUAGCAUUGAGCUCGUCUAACAACUUCCCUGUGAUUUGUUAAGAAUUUGGAGGGGGGGAGCCUCGAUCAACAACUUUGGGUGCCUGCAGCAGAAUUAUUUUGUGAAGGUAAAUUGUUAGACUUUUUAGGAAUUACUUUUACAUGAAGAAGAUUGAGACAAAUACCAAAUAAAUCUUUUAUUUUUUUUUUAAAUCUGUUUUCCAUUUUUCUUUUUUUCCCUCAUUUUUCUUAGAGGAUAACUAACAUCUACAAGUUCUUAAAUGUACAGACAUGCUUUUUUGAAAUUUUAUAGAAGAAACAGUCUUACUCGGUUUGAAAUAAAUUCUCACAAGGCGUGCAUUUUAUUUAUACAUUGUGUAAUUUGUUACUAGAUUUAAAAAAAAAUCUAAGUCACACUAAUUGUCUUUCAAAAUUUGAUUAAGUAGUUUGUAGUUAAGUUUGCAGUUCUUCCAGGUUGGGUUAAGUACAAUCCUGUACAAAUGCUGUAGCAGCUUAAGAAGUAAUAUUAAUAGAAAAUGAAGUGCAACUUCAUGUGAUGCAACUUGCUGUGUUUUUUAAUUAAAGUUUUUUAUUUACAAAA